AUGGCUGCCAGGCGGUGUCGGAUCUUCUUCCUGGCUAUCACCCUUCUGGUCAACGCCCUGGAUUUCAUCAGCGACUGGCUGUUCUACGUCAGCGCAGAGAAAGUCGAGAAGGGCCUGGUCUACGGCCCUAUCGAGCCGACCCAGGUGACCGCACUACUGGUCUUCUCCAUCGUCGGCACUGUCGGGUUCGUCAUAGAAAUCGCCGUUUUCGCGUUUGAGCUGCGCAAAGGAGAGGACUUCCAUGGCGACCUUCUGCUGGAUAUAACGUCUGCUGUCAUCAUCUGGUUUGAGGACAUUCCCCAGGUGGUGAUCAGCUUCAGCAUCGCUUUGUGCCGGGAGGAAGCUGUCAGUAUCUUCCAGCUGACAAAAGCGGGUCUCGUACUUGUGGGUGUUCUCAUCAGCAUUACAGCUACCCUCGUCCGAUUCUGCCGGACCUGCGACACCAAAGCUACAGUCUGUGGGGUCAGAUUCUGUCUCAUACUCGGCAUCUUUCUUGAAGGCAGUUUCGCAGCCGCCAUAUUUGCUUUGACACAAACAGAACAGGGGGAAAAUGGUGAGAUGUUCUUUAAAGUUCCAACAACAGUCAUUGAUGAUCAUCUGAGCGAUGAGAGGUACAUUACUAACGUGAAUCUGUUUGCCCAUCAUGCUGAUAUGUUUGAUGCCUGGAACAUGGAUACCAACAAGAAAGACGCUAUGGCCAACUGGAUAAAUCUCUUUUCCUUAUACAAUCUGAAAGAUAACAAAGUCUUAUCUUUUAAACUUAAUUACGAACAUGUGGGCGUGCAACUUUUGAAUUUAGGAAUCUGGGUAGCAGCCGGGGUGUAUUCAACUUCCCACACUACAUGGACUUUAUCUGGAUGUUAUUCCCUAAACCACAAAACGGCCAAAGUAACCAUACUACCAAAUUCUACGUGCGAAAGUGAAAGCUUUUCUGGCAAUAACUCAGAGAUCUUCUUCAUGAGCUUCCGUUAUGAAGAACCGGACACGGGAAUAUUUUACCGAAAGCGUGUGUUUGGAGAGGUCAUUUUUAAUAUGAAAGUCUUAAAAAAUGGAAAUUGUUCAGAGGGGAACUUUGAAGACCCACUCAAAAACAGUGGUAUAUUGUAUUAUCCGUUAACAUUUCAUUAUUUCCGAAUUAAUAAUGCGAACGAUACUGGUGAAGUGAGACAUUUGUAUAAAGAUACAUCUCCUGAUGAUGUGAGGUUUUUCCGCAAAGAUUCCAAAGAUAUUACAGAUGUAUCAGAAGUAUGGAAGACAGGUUGGAGCAAAUGUUCUAGUACUGGAAGUAUGUCGCCAGUUAGGAAUAAGAAUAUUCAAGUAGAAUGCGCAUAA